CCUCGCACUCAGCAUCGGCAUAAAUGCCCGUCAGGCAAAUUGCCGACGCGAAAGCUCGUUUGAUCGAUCACUGCGACGUGUUGCAGGCGUUCAGAGGCAACGCAAUUGCGGGCGCUACCCAGCCACAGCACUGCACCCAGAGGACAUAUCACUCGUCUGCGUACGAGCGAUGCAGCGCGCGUCGUCGUCCCUCGCGGUGUCGACGUGGUUUAGAUUGCCCGAGUACAUGGAGCGCCUCGAGAUCCUGAGCCGCGGUAGCGCGUUCCGGCUCGCGUCGGGCGGCGUCGUCGCGAGUGCGCACGUCCUUGCGCCGUGGCGGUUUCCGAACUACUUCCCCGAGGAAUGGGUGAAAUCAGUAGGACCGGAGCACACGAGGUACUUUCUGGAGCGGCGAUCCGCCGCCGGCGUCGUCGAGGCCUGCACCGAGGCGUGCGCGCCGGUCUGCCACGCUGAUCGGGACGCGGCGGUCCUGACGCCCAUCGACGCUGGCGCGCUGGAUGCGCUCGGCGUGCCGGCGCUUGAUCUGGCCCUGGGGGCGUUGGACGAAAACGCGGCGCUGACUGUCGAUGGUCACAACAUCCACGACGCGGGCGAAGACGACGACCUGGUCAUUCCAGAGGUCGUCGCCGGCGCGUACGUCGGGCGGGUGGCCGGAGGCCCGCAGCAUUUCUUACGGACCGACUCCCGGCUCGAGCAGGGCCAGUGCGGCGCGCCCGUGAUCCUGUCCGGCUCGGCGUGCGUCGGCGUCGUCGAGGGGAUCGUCCCGGCGGGCCAUCCGCUUGCGGGACUCGCCGCCUUCGUGCCCGCGGCGGAGCUCGCGGAGCUCAUCGCCGCGGAGGCCGUCGCGAGCGACGCGCCGCCGCCGGAGUCGCUCGCGGGGCUGGUUGUGUAA